UUAACCCCUCCCACUUGUUUGGGCUUUGCGCCGCGCCGGUCUGAGCGCAGACGCACUACAGAGCGCACGCAUCUCUGUGCGCUUCAGACGCAACUUCACGUGCGUGAAGCGGAGAUGGAGCUGAAAUAGGAGGACCUACCUUACGUAGUAGCUGGUCUGUGGAGUCGCUCUGGGUUUCUGCGCGUGAAGCUUCAGACUUGUGACUUGAGAACAUGUGGAGAUACACCAACCUGUGCGCCUUCCUGCUGGUUUUGUGUCAGGACGCGUCCUCACAGAGCAAGAUCUUUGGGGAGACCGAGCCGGUUCGCAUGACGUCUGAAGGUUCCGACUGCCGCUGCAAGUGCAUCAUGCGUCCUCUGAGCAAGGAUGCCUGCCUUCGACUGCGGAGUGGCAGCGUGAGAGUGGAGGACUUCUAUACCGUAGAGACAGUCAGCUCUGGAUCGGAUUGCAAGUGCUCCUGCACGACUCCGCCCUCUUCCCUCAACCCCUGUGAAAAUGAGUGGAAGAUGGAGAAGCUGAAGAAGCAGGCUCCUGAGUUGCUAAAGCUCCAGUCGAUGGUGGACCUUCUUGAGGGAACCCUCUACAGCAUGGAUCUGCUGAAGAUCCACUCCUACAUUAACAAGGUGGUCUCUCAGAUGAACACUCUAGAGGAGACGAUCAAGACAAAUCUUACACGAGACAAUGAAUUUGUGCGGGACAGCUUGAUGAGCCUUACCAACCAGUUCAAGCGUUAUGAGAACUACUCAAGUGUCAUGAUGAGCAUCAAGAAGGAAAUCUCCAGUCUCAGCCUACAGCUGCUGCAGAAGGACUCCUCAGAGAACAAAGCUCAGGACACUCGUGAUGUGAAAACCAAGACUUUGAAGGUGCCAAACAAAAAGACUCCAGUUGCCAGUCCCCUUCCCAAACCCAACAAAGAAAAGGCAGUGAAGCCAAAAAAAGAGGUUGUUAAACCUGGAAAACCAGUAAAACCCAAUCCAACAGCUAAAGUUAAGGUGGGAGGCCAUCAGCCAGGUGUGGUGAAGAGCAUGACCUACUACAAGGCCUCUAAGAAGGAUGAAGAUGGACAACGAGCAGACCAGUCUGCUAAAACAGUUGAACACAUCACAGAGACCCAGUCUGAGGAUGAAGAUGCUGAGAUGAUCCUGGAAACCAUGGAGACCACUGUGGCUGAGCCCACUGACACCACCAUAGCUCCUACUGCUACUGCUACCACCACCACCACCACCACAAAAACCAUCGGAACCACAACCACUACCAGACCCGCCACCACCCAAAGCCCACCAGCCUCUGAAAGACCAGCUCCAACCAUCAUACUGGUUCUAGACAACUCUAACAACAACAGCCGACCCAGUCUCCACAGAGCAGGGAAGAUCCUAAACUGUGAAGGAACGCUGGCGUCCAUCGAGCAGCCCGUCAAGCAACACAGUUAUGGGCGCAACGAGGGAGCCUGGAUGAAGGAUCCUCUUGCCAAGGACUCCAAGAUCUAUGUGACUAACUAUUACUAUGGCAACAACCUUGUGGAGUUUCGCAAUCUGGACAACUUCAAACAAGGGCGCUGGAGCAACCUCUACAAACUGCCUUACAACUGGAUUGGAACCGGUCACGUGGUUUACAAUGGAGCGUUCUACUACAACCGGGCAUUCACCAAGAACAUCAUCAAAUACGAUCUCAGAAUGAGAUAUGUUGCAGCCUGGACCCUUCUUCAUGACGUGGUUUACGAGGACACCACCCCGUGGAAGUGGAGAGGCCACUCGGACAUUGACUUUGCAGUAGAUGAAAGUGGCCUGUGGGUGAUCUACCCAUCCACGGACUACGACUACAGCCAGCAAGAGGUGAUUGUGAUCAGUAAACUGGAUCCUGGCGACCUGUCCUUGAAAAAGGAAACGACCUACAGGACAAGCCUCAAGAGGAAGUCUUAUGGAAACUGCUUCAUUAUCUGUGGUGUCUUGUAUGCCGUUGAUGUGUACAACCAGAAAGAAGGUGAAGUGAACUUUGCAUAUGACACCCACACAAAUACUGAAGCAAUCCCACGCUUGCCUUUCACCAACGAGUACUCGUUUACCACCCAGAUAGACUACAAUCCCAAGGAAAAGCUUUUGUAUGCCUGGGACAAUGGCCAUCAGCUAACCUAUCAGGUGAACUUUGUUGACGAAUGAACAGUUACCUCUUGCUACAGAGCUCUCACCCAGUAAGGUACCCAAUGAGAGCAUUCUCAGUAUUUGCCAGCCUUUAAGCAGCCAACCAGCUUUCUAGUACCAACGCAUGCCAUUCAAUUAGCUGUAAUGAACAUGUUUGCUUUUGUUUUGAAAUAUGAUUGUACAUUGAUCAUAAAAUGGACAAGAAUAACUGAAGUAAUCUCACAGGUUGAGUUGAACUUAAAGAAAAUAAUUUUUGUGACAUUAACGGAUUUCUGUUGGCAGGCAGACAAUACAUUGAUAAUUAAAAUUCACAUAAAAAUUUAAAUAAGAAAACACUGAAAAAAAAACAAAGAUUUUUCAGGUUUCAUUUGGACCAUCUCAUUACCAUCCUGCUGGUGCUGACAGGAUGAUCCGGUGUCCGAGGGCGACCAUACCGCAGGUCUGAGCUGAGCUCCAACACAUUUAAAGACCAAGUUCACAAUGUUUUUUCAUCAGAUUUGCUAUGGUCUCUAGUAUCAAUGAAUGCCUUCUGAGUCGGUCUCUGAAGGGGGAAAGCUCUCACACUCCUAUUUCAGGAAACUGAGCCAGAGGAGAGGUCAGCUUCAGACGGCAGGAUUUGGAGUCUUGUUUCCUGAUAUUCGGACAUCUCUCCUCUGAUUGGCUAACGGCAACAUGACUCUACCACUGACUCCAGUUGCUUUGCAACGCUGAUGUUUUAUCUCCACAAAUAACUCAAGCCUGAAGGAGUUUGCCCCGUUGUUUAGUCGCUAAUGCUAAUGUUUAGCUUCUACUAGUCAGGACGUUCUCUGCUCUCUCCAGCAACAACCGUCCCCGUCGUGAGCCAAAAUGGGCGAAUCCAGGAACGCAAAUUUCCAGUGUGAUUUUGAUCUUAGAGGCUUUUCUAAACCAAGCAUCUCCUCGUCUGUCAGCGGCAAAUGUUGGGGUCAAAGACUAUUUUCACAUUCAGGCUGCGUGUUAAUUCCCCAAACAACAAGUAUAAAACCGUUUCUCAGUGAACUUCAAAGGAAUUAGUGAUCAACAACAGGGCUCCAUCAAACUCAACAAGGUGAGGAGGUGAUCCAACCAUUGUCUUUAGGUGUGCUGGAGCAGGAACCAUGGAAGACCUGUUGGAUGGUAGCUCUGGAGGCAUGGAGUUGGUGUACCCUGCAAUAGAUGUCCUGUUAGAGUAGGCCAUAGAAAUGUUAAACAGACCCUCACAGCUUUGCUUCAAGUGUAGUCCAGGCUCUCAGCGAGCUGGUGUUCAUCUCCAGCAGUCAUCAGGUGAGAGGCGGGGCCACACCUGGACCAAUCACCAGCCUACCACUUAGAGGCUGGCUUCUGAGAAAGGAGCUCUACUAUCUCUCCAUCCUGUCUGCAGCGACCCAGCCUCGCGUUACUCUCUUUCAUCACUGAUUUUGUUUUUAGGGCUCUAAUGAAUAUAUUGUAAAAAUGUUUUACCUGUGUACACAACAGUUUUAUUUCUGUAAAUCAAUGCAUUAUUCUUGUUUAAAAUGAGUUUUUUAUUACUUUUGCAGCACAUUAAUACCAUUUGAAUGACCACUGCAUGUGUUACAAAGGAGCAUUUGAACAUUUGGGACCAGUCCAUGUCUAGCUAGUUGUUUGCUUCCUUGUUCACGCUCAAGAGAGAAUCAGAAGCUUUUACUCUUACAUACAUUAGAUCGCUUCUGGUUUCGACGUGAGUCAGCAAAAUAAACAUACAGUAUUUGCUCUUUUUUAAAUAUCCGGAGGAUUUUUUAAACAUAUUUCUGAGUCAUGUCAAAAAGAAAUUUAGCCAGAAAGUGUAGCGCUGGGAGAAAACGUGUGUGCUUGUGCCAUGAAAUAAAGUUUCUGUUAUAAGA